AUGUCCGCCCCGCGACGGCUUGGGGGCGGCCGGGUCCUCGGCAGCGGCAAGGGGCUCGCCCCUCCACCGUCGACACGCACACCACGAUCCCCGAGCCCGUUUGGCGCGCGGUCCGAUGCCAGCACAAUCUCACUCCGUUCUCGAAACUCGACACCAACUUCCCUCUCGCCGUCCUCCUCGAGCCCGCUCCCUGAUUCUUCCCAGGACCUUGCCUCCAAUGUCACCUUGGCCGGUCCCUCCAACGGCACGUCACCGGGGAACAGGUUACAGUGUCCUAUUUGUGAGGAGGAGAUGCUCACACUUCUCCAACUAAACCGCCAUCUUGACGACGUCCACCAAGAACUGCCCGAGGCAGAACAAGACGAAGUCAAAUCCUGGUUUGACAAGCAGGUCCUGAAAGCGAAGCGGUUCCAACCACUGUCCCUCAUCAACCAGAAACUCCGCGGCCUCGAGGUCUUCGAAUCGAACGAAACCCAGCCACUAUCGGUCGGUCCGGGUCCGGGGAGGCCCGUUGACACGGUGAUUGACCCCGAGGAACUUAUCACGAGGAAACACUGGGAGCGCCCAACAGGAAACGAUGUGUGCACAGAUACCCUAUGUGAUCGGAGAUUGGGCCCUCUCGGCGGGAGCGUCAACUGCCGGAAAUGCGGUCGUCUUUUCUGCGAGGAGCACACGAUGUACCAGAUGAAGCUGUCUCGUUCAGCUUCCCACGAGCCCGUAAGGGGUGUAUGGGCCCGGGUUUGCGAGACAUGUUACAAGUCUAGGGAAGGGUACAACGAUCAUACGGGGCUGGCACGCGAUCACACCUCCCAUUUCGCUGCAGUGCGGACUAAGAAGGUGGAGCGGCAGCGCCUGGAAGUCCAAAGGCUGGAAAAGCGCCUUACAAAACUCACGCGCCUGUUGGUAGAGGCACCGCCAGAAACGGCCGGGAACUCGGGUCUUUUGUCGCCGCUCUCGAAUCAGUGGAACCAGAGAAAGGUUAUUGAACAAUCUGUUGUGACCUGGGAGGACGAUGCUACAGUGGCCAAGUGCCCCUUUUGCAAACAGGAGUUUGGAUCGUGGACCUUUCGUCGACAUCACUGCAGGAUAUGUGGCCGUGUUGUUUGCGCUGACCCGCAGACUAACUGUUCAAGCGAGGUUGGCUUGAACGUCGCGAAUCCGAACGUCAUCCCAUCAACAGAAAAGCCCAUAGAAGGGCAAAUCAGUAUCGACGUGCGGAUGUGCUGCGAGUGUAAGGGCUCGAUAUUUUCGCACCGAGACUUUCUUGAAUCCGUCAGUCACCGGCCUCCAGAUCAACGUGCAUACGAAACGUUGCGGCAGUUUGAACGAGGGAUACAAAUGCUGCUGCCAUCGUUUCACCGAUCACUACAGGCACUCCAGCCACCUGACGAACGCAGCAACGGACCCGAGAAACCACCACCAACUCACGCUCAAAUACAAGAUGCGGCCAAGAUCCGAAAACGCUUAACGGACUCGUUUGCGAAAUAUGAUCUCGCCGCAAAACGAAUUCGCAACCUCAAGACCGACAGCCCCACACAACUACGCCUGCAAAAAGCUGUCUACGCGUCCGCGUCGUCUUUCCUGCAUGCCAACCUUAUACCCCUGAAGAGCGUGCCUGCUAUGCUGAAGAACCAGAAGUCAAACCAUCGAAGGCUGCUUUCAGGCGGCAAUAAUGGGUCCUCACACUCAAUAUCGUCACCGCUGCGUAAUGCGGAAUCAUCCGGUCUCGAUCCAGAGACAGCCAGCAUAGGAGGAGCGAGUGAAGUCAGCACCGCAGUCUCGACAGCUUUAGAAACAGAAGAAAAGGAAGCUCGGGAAAAGCUGGUGAUAUUGGAGGAGCAGCGGUUCAUGGUGCAGGAGAUGCUAAGUCAGGCCAGGGGUAGCCGGCGGUUUGAAGAAGCCGGCGCACUGACCAAGAACUUGGAAGAGUUGGACAAGGAGAUUGAGGCGUCCAAAAAGCUGGUAGCGGGCGUUGAAGAAAGAUGGGAGGGACUCUAUUCUGGGCCGUCGGGGUUCUCUUGA